AUGUUGCAAGACGUUGCCCUGAACUGUUACAACAUCGUUCAGUCGUAUUUAUCGAUCGAUGCCGAAUCUGCCGUAGCCACAACCGGAGAUGUAAUAAAACAGACUCAAGAAUCGAUACAGCUGAGUAGACGGUACCUUCUGCAGGAUAUAUUCACUAGAUGGGAUCCGUUCAAUGGCGAGAUAUCAUUUUCAUACAACGGUGGCAAGGAUUGUCAAGUGUUGCUAAUCAUAUAUCUGGGAUGUCUAUGGGAAUUUUUCCUCAUGUCAAUACAGGGAUCACAGUACGAUCUCCAGUUCCACAUGUUCCCGUUGCAGCAACUACCCACUGUAUACAUUGAUCAAGAGGAUACCUUUCUUACGGCACAAGAUUUCUUACAACGGAGCGUGGAGCGAUAUCACUUAUCGUUAUACGAAUCAGCGAAGGAUAAACAGGUCGAUAUGCCAAGUGCCUUCAAGUCGUUCUUAUCGGUACAUCCAGAGACUCAGGCAAUAGUAAUCGGCAUUAGACACACAGAUCCAUUUGGGGAGACGUUGCAACCAAUUCAAAAGACGGACCCCAGUUGGCCCCAGUUCUACAGGUUGCAACCGUUGCUACAUUGGAAUCUCUCACAGAUAUGGAGUUUCCUAUUGUAUUCGGGAGAAGAAGUAUGCGGAUUAUAUGAGAUGGGAUUCACUUCAUUGGGCAGUGUAAACAACACAUUGAGAAAUCCAUACCUACGGAUACCAGAACCUAUAGGCUCCAUGACAAAGGCCGAGACUGAACAUAGCGAUUUCCAAUGGGAAAUUGAAAACAAUUACAGAGGAGAUUCUAACAUGCAUUGUAACGAAAUUAACGAGAAUGACCUUAAUACCAUCAAACAGCAUGAUUCAUCUGAGUUCCAUCCGGGAUGGUAUCUAACGAAAGACGAGUGGGAAAGAGCUGGCAGACUCGCCAGAAAAGUUUGA